AAUGAUCUCUUCACCAAUUCAAAGCCAAAAAUAUCUAAAAAUGUUUUAUCUUCUAUCAAUUUGCUUCAUUCAAAUUGCUGCCUCCAACAACAACGAAUUGGGCAAAGAAGAAGACAAUGGUUUAGGCUUGAAUGUGGUGAAGAGAGGAGAAGAAACAGGGUGGCCAAUUUCGCCAGAAAUUAUUAUUGUGAUAUUGGUUGUCUUGUUGGCUCUUUGCUUUGUAUUGUUUUGUUACUACUGUAGCAAUUAUAACUUGCAAAAAACUGUUAACUCUUUGCAAAAGGCUGAGCUCGACUCUACAAAUCGUCUUCUUCGUGAACGGAAUGCCAUGAUCUUGACGAUGAUAAAAGAGGAAAUGGCCGAGAGGGAAAAGAAGAAAAGAAAAGCUAAAGAAGAAGAAGAUGAAGUGUAUAAAGUUAAAGAAGAUAAGGAUAAGGAUGAUAAGAGUAAAGAAGAUAAGAAUAAAGAGGGUAAAGAUAAUAGUAGGAUGGCUUUCAUAUAA